AUGAAUUUCAACAUAUCUGCACGUGCGGCACUGCUCAUCAUGCUGGCCCUGGUCUGUGGGACGACGGCCGCCAAUGCUACCCGGAAGUGUCCUACCGACUGUCACUGUGAUCUCGACCAGAAAGGACGCUACCGUACGGUCUGCAACAAAGUGGAAUGGAUUAUACCUCCGCUUUUACAAUUCGAGCCGGACGUCGAGGUGUUUGUCAUCUCGAACACGCGCAACCCAAUCAACGUGGGACCACAGUUUCAGUUCUUCAAAAAACUCGAAGUCCUGCGUAUCGUCAACGCCAACAUACAGUCGGUGGGUGACCGUUCCUUCUGGGGCUUGGUACGGCUGAAGACAAUUGAUAUCUCGCACAACAAUAUUACCCAGCUCGGGACGGAGAACUUCCGCGGUCAGGACAAUCUCAUCGAGCUCGACCUAUCGCGCAACCGGUUGGACAAUAUCGCGAGCGGCACGUUUGGACAUUUGAAGGAACUAAAAACCCUUCACCUAGUAGCUAACUCCAUCACCGAAUUUACUCAACGGUUGUUCCUGCAUCUGGCGAAGCUGAAGUAUCUUGAUCUGAGCCACAACUCCAUCGAAGAUCUGCCACCGGAAGUGUUCAAAGACGUACAGGAUUUAAAAAUAUUUAAGCUACGCGGAUGUCGCCUGUCCAAAAUUAACCCCCAAAUUUACAACAUUCUUUCCCACCUGACGGAGCUGGAUUUGGGACAUAAUCAGAUCAAAUAUCUCGACCGGGAAGAAUUUAAGGACCUGCGGCAUCUGCAAAAAUUACGCCUCGACGGCAACCAGCUGUCGGUGAUCGUCGAUGAAUUAUUCACGAACCAGCGGGAGCUAAGUUUUCUUGAUGUUUCCCGCAACCGGUUGGCCAAGAUCGCGGACCGGGCGUUCGAGAACCUGACGAGCCUUACCUACCUGGACGCAUCGUACAACAAGCUGUCCCUCAUAGAGCCGGCCUGUUUUCGCCCGCUACGGAACCUGCAGACGCUCAACAUUAGUGGGAAUUUGCAGCUGGAUCUGAGCGAAAUGGAGGACACGAUACAGGUCAUAAAGAACAUCACCGGGCUGAUGGUGGCCGAUAUGGGUGCGAUCCCACCGAACCUUUUCGGUCCCUUCCGGCGUCUGAGCGCGCUCAAUCUGUCUGGAAAUCAUAUCGAUAACAUCACCCUACAAAUCAUCGAACCAUUGAACCAUUUGGCGUUCUUGGAUCUGUCCCGGAAUCAACUGAACGGCAUCCCGGAACGGUACGCCACCCAGCUGGCACGGAUCGCCGACGUCAAGCUGGAAAACAACCCUUUGAUAUGCGACUGGUGUCACAUGGGACCGCUCAUCACACAGUCGAAAAAGCUUAAGCGAGGUCUUCCCUGGCAGGAAGUUCCCCGGUGCUUUCUACCCGAACGACUACGCGAGGUGCGCAUCGACGGGCUGCAUCAAGACGGUGUCGAGGAUUGUAUGGAGGUGAUUGUGGACGAGGAUCAUGAUGCCGCCAGCACGUCGCACAACUUUCUCGAGCAAGCGGGUAGCGUCAGCAUACUGGCGGCCUGUGGGCUAAUAAUAUUCAUCAUCCUUGCCAUCAUCGUCGUGUCUACGGCACUCUGUCUCUCGAGGCACCGGGCGCGCUACUAUACGCACGAGGAUAAACGAGACACAAUACUCGAGAAAAAUGCGGAAACACCCAUCAUCACGACGGGCAGCGAGAUCAACUUCAAGUUCCCGUACAACGAACGUGUCUGCACGAUCGACGAAAUGUGCAUCCCGCCUCCACCGCCACCCCCGGGAAAGUUGGCCCCGGCCAGCAUCGAACGGUUCGAUUAA